UUCUAGUCAGGAGGUGUGCGCGCGCGCGCGCGUUCUGUGUACAUCGAAGUAGUCGCUGACAGUGUUUCAUGAUCGACGACGCGGCGUCGACUUUUGGCGGUUUUUGCGGUUUUGUUCUCCCCAGAACUCGUCACCAGGGCCUACUUGAUCACUUCUACUGAGUGCGCGCGUGGUUUUUAAUCUUUCCGAAGAAUUCGUACGAAAUCAAACCGUCGAUAAAUUAGCAACAGUUGAGCGAGUUCAGAAGCCAAUCCAUCGUACUAACCCAGCAAACAACCUAAACAAAACUUCGCCAGAUCAAUCAGUUCCGCAAGCCGACCGCACCCCAAAGGUUAUCGGUCCGUCAAAAUCUCCUCUCGAAGAUCAUCCUCCAAACACAGUUGGCGCAGAGCGUAAUUUGAUUUGCGCCAACGUCAUGGCCUACUCUAGCGUUACCGCGUUUGACAUCUCACUAUUGAACAAGAGCUGAUCACCCAGAAGGUCACGGCGCAAGCCGCCCUUUCGAUAAGAUCUUUCGCGUUGACAAAGUGCACGUGGAAUGUCAAGAGCGCACGCGACCCAAUCAUAAACCAAUAAAGCGGCACACAAAGCUGUCGAAUCAUCAUCCCACUUGGCUGAUUGGCUGCCAGAACAAAAGAAGAUCGAAUUAGCCAAGAUUAAUUGCUCACGUAACCUCGAGAAUUCCUCAGAGCCCUUUUCGGAAGGAAUCGACUUUGUGUCACCCUAGAGUUUCACGUAGAAUCGCAGUAUGCGGUGAUUGGAACUACGGAAAGGUGAGCUGCCCUCGCCCUCAUCGCAGUAGUCGCGAAAUUACUCCCCGGCUACGUGCAUGUCAGUGGCGACGAUGACCCAGCGUACUUUGAUGGCAUCGACAAUCGCUGAAUUGGUCGUCGUCGCGUUCCGCAGUCACAGCCUGCUGAUUAGAUAGCGAUGAGCUGCUCGGCUGGCAAAAUAUAGUCGCGGUUCGUAAAGAACAAACGAAAUUUUGCCGACGGAGUGCAACCGGGGGUCACCGGGUCGGGAUUAUGGAGUCCACCGUCAAAGCUAAGCCAUCGCGGGUCGUUCCGACGUCCAGUUCCGGGAACAACAUACUGGCCAGUGUGUUCGGAAGUAGACAGUGCGAGGCAUGGAGUGAAAAUGAACGGAUCGGUUCCUCCUCGACAAAGCACUGCGAGGACGAGAACCUGGCGGAACCGUUCAUCCGGAAGGAGAGCGAAAGCAGUGAGUCCAGCGGCAGCACUGCCGGGGAAGGCAGCGGGGACAGUGCGAAGUUGUUCGUCAAGCCAAAGGGAAGGAUCUACGCGAUCGAUUUCGAUAAAGAGAAAAAAGGACUUAAGGUGAAACCAAGUGCCGUAAGCAAUACUAGUUCGUCGUCGUCGCGUGGUGACGGUGACAAGUCAGAGUCUAAUUGUGAUGCCAAAGUAGUGGAUAAGUUUGUUAGGACUAAUCAGCGACAGCAGCAAAGUGUGGGCAGAAAGAAGAAGAAGAAGAGGAAAAAUGCCAAAAGUGUGCUGGUCAAACUGUACCAAUGUUGUCCCUGGACGGUGCCAUGGAGUCUGCUGGUAGUUAGUGCAAUACAAAUCUGUACAUAUAUUUUUAACAACGAUACUCUCUAUCAAACGCUGAUAUUCUCACCAGUACGCCAGCUCCAGAUAUGGCGCUUCGUGACGUACACGUUCCUCCACGCCGGUGCCGUCCAUCUAAUGCUCAACGUUAUCAUCCAGAUAAUGGUGGCCUUCCCCCUGGAGACGGAACAGGGCCACGGGCGCGUGCUGGUCGUGUACGGAGCCGGCGUCGUGGCCGGUGGCCUCGGGGCGUCCGUGUUCGAACCGACUGCGAUGGUGGGCGCCUCGGCCGGGGUCUACUGCCUGCUGAUGAGUCACAUCCCGCACAUUGUUAUGAACUUCCAAUCCCUGUCCCACCGUUACUUCCGGCUAGUCGCAGUCCUCCUGCUCUGCGUCAGCGAUGUCAUCUACUCGAUCCGGCACUGUCUGACCAAGGGCAACCUGCAGCCCCGGAUCGGAGUGGCGGCCCACGUCAGUGGCGCAAUUUGUGGCCUGUUGAUCGGGUUCAUCGUGUACCGCGGCGGGGAGAAGACGAUGGCCUUUCGGAUAGCGCGGUACGCCGCCCUGUUGCUGUACGUGGCCUGGAUCGUGGCGACCGUGGUUUACAACGUGGAGAAGAAGUUUUAACUGCCAUGCCGUACUGUGUAUCUCUGUUUUAGUUUCUAGGUUAGACCAAAAUUAUUCGAAUAAACAACAGGACGUAUCGUAACCGAAGGCCAAAAAUGCUUACAAAAGUCGUGUACCUAAGUCGAGGCGGAAUGAAAGUGUAAUAAAAUUAUUGAAAUUAAACAAGUUUUCGCAAA